AUGGAAAAAUUCGAAGGGUAUUCAGAAAAACAUAAAUCUCGUCAACAAUACUUUGUCUACCCACUUCUCUUUCAGGAAUAUAUUUAUGCAUUUGCCCACCAUUAUGGAUUAAAUGGUUCUGAACCUGUGGAAAUAGUUGUUAGUUGUAAUAACAAGAAAUUUAGUUCACUACUUGUGAAACGUUUAAUUAUUCGAAUGUAUCAGCAGAAUUUUUUGGAUAACUCGGUUAAUCAUCCUAACCAAGAUCGAUUAUUGGAUUACAAAAAUUAUUUUUAUUCUGAGUUUUAUUCUCAGAUUCUAUCUGAAGGGUUUGCGAUCGUUGUGGAAAUCCCAUUCUCGCUACGGGAAUUAUUUUGUCCGAAAGAAAAAGAAAUACCAAAGUUUCAGAAUUUACGCUCUAUUCAUUCAAUAUUUCCCUUUUUAGAAGACAAAUUUUUGCAUUUGGAUUAUCUAUCACAUAUAGAAAUACCCUAUCCUAUCCAUUUGGAAAUCCUGGUUCAACUCCUUCAAUACCGUAUCCAAGAUGUUCCAUCUUUGCAUUUAUUGCGAUUCUUUCUCAACUAUUAUUCGAAUUGGAAUAGUUUUAUUACUUCAAUGAAAUCCAUUUUUUAUUUUCAAAAAGAAAAUAAAAGACUGUUUCGAUUCCUAUAUAACUCUUAUGUAUCAGAAUAUGAAUUUUUUUUGUUGUUUCUUCGUAAACAAUCUUCUUGCUUACCAUUAGCAUCUUCUGGAACUUUUCUGGAACGAAUCCACUUUUCUAGGAAGAUGGAACAUUUUGGGAUAAUGUACCCUGGUUUUUCUCGGAAAACCCUAUGGUUCUUUAUGGAUCCUCUUAUGCAUUAUGUUCGAUAUCAAGGAAAGGCAAUUCUUGCAUCAAAAGGCACUUUUUUUUUGAAGAAGAAAUGGAAAUGCUACCUUAUCAAUUUCUGGCAAUAUUAUUUCUGUUUUUGGACUCAGCCGCGAAGAAUCCAUAUAAACCAAUUAGCAAACUCUUGCUUCGAUUUUAUGGGGUACCUUUCAAGUGUACCAAAAAGUUCUUUGUUAGUAAGGAAUCAAAUGCUGGAGAAGUCAUUUCUAAUAGAUACUCGAAUGAAAAAAUUCGAUACCAUAGUCCCCGCUACUCUCCUCAUAGGAUACUUAUCAAAAGCUCAAUUUUGUACUGGAUCGGGGCAUCCUAUUAGUAAACCCAUUUGGACAGAUUUAUCAGAUUGGGAUAUUCUUGAUCGAUUUGGUCGGAUAUGUAGAAAUCUUUUUCAUUAUCAUAGUGGAUCUUCGAAAAAACGGACUUUGUAUCGACUAAAGUAUAUACUUCGACUUUCAUGCGCUAGAACUUUAGCUCGGAAACAUAAAAGCACGGUACGAACUUUUAUGCAACGAUUGGGUUCGGCAUUUUUAGAAGAAUUUUUUAUGGAAGAAGAGCAAGUUUUUUCUUUGAUGUUCACCAAAACAACUCUUUUUUCUUUCUGUGGAUCACACACUGAGCGUAUUUGGUAUUUGGAUAUUAUACGUAUCAAUGACCUGGUCAACCCUCUUAAUUAA